AUGCCCCUGGCUCGCAUCCGACACAAUCGCAACACCAGCAGCAACCUAGCUGGAGCAGUUCGCAGCAUCAACACCCAGCCCAGUCGCCAUCCACAGGCCAGGAAGGUUGGUCUCAGCGACCCCCAUCUCAUCCGAACCAACCUCAAGCAAGCCAUCAAACCGAGCAACAUCAGACUCAAUGGCAUCAGCCCACUCAGUACCACCAUCAAGCAACACCUCCGUCUACAAGCCCUCGGCCCGAGCUGCAACAGCCAGCUUGGAGUUCAGUAG